GGUGCCUCUGCAGGGGCGUGCCAGCGCAGGAGACGACGUUCUGCCCUGCGGCGCCAGAGUGAGGAAGAAUCAGCAGGUGAUGUACAAUUCGUACGCCAUGGGGAGGUCGGAGAGGAUUUGGGGGGAGGACGCGAGGGAGUUCAAGCCGGAGAGGUGGCUUGACGGGGAGGGGGUCUUUCAGCCUGUGAGUCCGUAUCAGUACCCCGUGUUUCACGCGGGGCCGAGGAUGUGUCUGGGGAAGGACAUGGCGUACAUACAGAUGAAGGUGGUGGUGGCGAGCGUGAUGGAGAGGUUCGAGGUGGAGGUGGUGGACGUCGAGAAGGUGAGGGAGCCGGAGCUGGUGUUGAUUAUGAAGAUGAAAGGGGGGUUGAAGGUCUGGGUCAGGGAGAGGGAGGAGAUCGACCCUUCGAGUUGAGCUGGCUAUCGGAUCAACGCAGUCUCCUGAUGAUGAAGUACUGAAAAUCAAAUUAUGUUUCGAUUACGAAGCGAAAAUAAAAUUAUGUCGGUAACGAAGUUAGCUAUAGAUCUGGGGAGGAGCAACAUUGAUUAGAUGUUGUACAUCUUUGUAUUUGGGUUGAUGCCUUUUUUAUCUUAAGGCAUUUAUCAGCUUCCGGAGGUACAGAAUGAAUGUGUAAUGUUUUCCGAUCA